CCCUCUUGGCCCAAACAGCCACCAACCACAACCAGGCUCCCCUCCCUGUACCGCGCCCCAUACACCCGCGCCCGCUGACACUCCUCCCCGCCAACCACCCUUCGCGUCGCCCACGACUCGUCGUACACCCGGUCCUCCCUCCUUCGCUGAGCUCGUCGUUCCCCUCCCCCUCCCCCCCCGAUCGCGCAGCUACUGCCAAACCCUAGCGUCGAAUUCCCCGCCGAACCGACGAUUCCAAGGUUCCGACCGGGGCGAGCGCCGGGGCCGCAUUCCGGGAGCGGGUGAUGGCGACCUGCCGCAAGAUGGCGCGCGUCGACGUCGCCGAGCUGAAGCAGCGCCUGGUGAAGCGGCUGGGCCGGGAGCGGGCGGCCAAGUACUUCGCGCACCUCACCAGGCUGCUGAAUCUGAAGCUCACCAAGGUGGAGUUCGACAGGCUCUGCGUCGCCACCAUCGGCAAGGACAACAUCGCGCUGCACAACGCGCUCAUUAGGGGCAUCAUAGGCAAUGCUCUGUCGGGGGUGCCUCCGCCCAGUCGGCAGGCGGUGACGGGGCAGUCAGGCACCACCACCGCCCCGAGCGGGCAGUGCGUGAGCGUCGUGCUGCCGGUGGUGGGGAAUGUGGGGGCAGUGCUUGAUUCAGGUGAUGGUGAACUGGCGAGGGAGCGGGGGGCGCCAGUCGGGAAGGUGGUGUCUGUGGAAGAUGGGGAGGAGGUGGAGCAGGUCAGGUCUGCUCCGUGCGUCCAGAGCCGGAGCCCGAUAACAACGCCAUUGGGGAUUUCAGUUGCUGGGGGCAGUGCUAUGAGGGUAAGGAGGAGGUUGGAUGAUCCAGUGGCGUCAUGCUAUGAUUCUGGACAUUUGCUGGAUACGAGUUCUCUGUGCGAGGGUUUGCAGCGGCGGCUGCACAGCAACGGCACUGGAGUGACGGUGCAAGCCAUCGAUGCUUUGAAUCGUGGAUUAGAUGAGUUUUUGCGACGGUUGAUUAAACCGGGUGUGGAUUUGUCGAGGGUAAGAGCCAGCAGUAGAAGAAAUAGCAAAGCUAAUGAAAGGUUUGCUGGUAGAAUGAAUUCGUUGCAACAAUCAAAUCAGGGUCAGUGUACAACGUUGCAAGAUUUUGCAGUUGCUGUGCAAUCUGAUCCACGUUUGCUUGGUCCAAAUUGGCCCACACAAAUCGAGAAGAUACAGUCAAUGUCCUUUGGAGGAGAAUGAUACACAGUAGCCUGUUAUAGCUGAUGAACUUCUCUAAAGGGGAUGUUGUUUGCUGGCAUUGAAGUAAAUGAAGCAGCAGACCAACAACAGGGCUACAAAAUCUGAGUAUUGCAGUACUCACAAGCAAGAAAUACCAAGGCCCAACAAGUGAACAAAGGGAGGUGCAAUGGACAGUGCAGCAUAAAUUCUUUUGGAAUAUAUAGCCUGUUGAUAAUAAAUCGAAGAAUCAACAAGGUUGGCUGAGGUCCAGGUCAAGCUGAGUAACUCAUUGGCAAACAUACCCUCAGCUCUUGACACGAAAAGCAUGUUCUGAUAUUACUUUUAGAGAUUUGUUGUGAUGUUGUAAUAGAGAAUUUCCCCCUUAUUACAGACUUAAAUGGAAUCAUUUUUCGCAGUGCUCAUAAAUGAUGCCUUCAAUGGGUCAUUGCUCCUGUACAUUGUAUUCAGAUUGUGGCAACUACUGCUCGCAAUUAAGAAAAAAAAUUUAACCCUGUUGAAUAAAUAUAUAAGCUUUUUUUGCUCAAGGACUUCAAA